ACAUCAUAUAAAACUGAAUCAGGAAGAAUCAGAAAACCUAAUGAAGUCCAGCUUAUCAGUUUUCUUUUUUCUCACUUGUACUUUUAGUAUCUUAGCUAAGAAAUAAUUACCUAACCCAAGGUUGUGAAGGUUUACUCUUGUGUUUUCUUCUAAGAGUUGUUAUUUCAGCUCUUACAUUUGGGUUUUCGUAUGACGUGAGCUAGGGACUGAAUUUUUUCUUUCUAAUGUGGAUAUCCAGCUGUCUCAGCACCAUUUGUUGAAAAGUAUCCCUCUUGGUUCCUUUGUCAAAGGGACUAUAAAUGUUAGUUAUUUCUGGAGUCUCAGUUCUCCUCCUUUCAUCUUAUGUCUAUCCUGUGCCAGUGCUACACUGUCUUGAUUAUUGUAGCUUUGUAAUGUUUUGGAACCAGGAACUAUGAGUCUGCCACUUUUGUUCUUUUUCAAGAUUCUUUUGGUUAUUAUGUGUCCCUUGCAUUCUCAUGAGUUUUAGGAUCAGUUUGUCAAUUUCUGCAAACAUAAGCACUUUUUAAAUGUUAUUAUAAAACUACAAGUCUAGGAUCUUCAGCUGAGGUCAUGAAACUCCUGCGAUUCUGAAAUGGGCCCAUACUUCACGGGAUACGUUUCACCCUCCAGUAUACCUCGUACUUUAAGAUGUGUGUGUCACAUUUUUUUUAUCCAUUUAUAUACUUAGGUUGUUUCCAUGUCUUGCCCACUGUAAUUAAUGCUUAACAACUUCCCUAAUCUUGUAAUUCUUCAUUUAGCCAAAUCUAUUAUUUACCUGCCAUGUGUCAAGGUCAGUGUCAGGUACUGAAUCCAUGACAAUCAUUAGCAUCAGGUUUCUUCCCUCAAGUAGCUCCAGUGUUAUGGAGGUGAUAUAUUAAACAAAUAGUUGAGAAACAGUAUUAUAGAGGUUUUUGAUAGAGAUGUUGUGCAAGGGAGUGGGGAUCCAAGGAGUGGCUAACACUAACCGAGCAUGGGCUCUGUCUGACACUUCUAAUAGCUUUAUAUAUGUUAACUCAUCUAAUCUUUACUAGUCCUGUGACAUAAGUACCAUCUUUCUCCACAGCCUUUUGAAAGCUUUCUAUAAACAUGAAAUUGUCCCCAAACUCUCCUUUAAAGUUCAAAAGUGGGCAGAGUAUCAUUUUGCUUUCCAGCUGUACACAAAGCAUCUCCCCACCCAAUCUGCCACACCACCUGGGAGAUGGCUGCCCCGUGUCCUCCCCAAGACUCUUGACUAAGUGAAGAAGGCGUUCUUUCAGCAGAUAUUUACCGAGUGCUAUUAUGUACCAGGUUUUAUGCUGGACUCUGAUGAAGAGGAGAAACCGAGAAAGACAUGACCCUUACCCUCAUGGAGUUUCCAUGCUAGUGGAUUAAAUCUUUAGAUUGAUUUACAUAUUGCCUUAUCUGUUAAUGCAGAUGUCCCGUUAUGUACAUGCAUGCAUUUAUAUAUAUUCACAUGAAUAUGUAUAAUUUUAGGUUAACUUUCUAAAAGAGGAGGAGGGAGGAACAUUUUUUUGUAGAUUAACAAGCCUGGGGGACUUCUUUAUACUGCAUCCUGUACCUAGGAUUUUAGAGAAACUCUGUACAGUAAAACUCCUUUAUGAAUUGCAUUUAGAUUCUGCUGAGAAAGGUAUUUUGUUUUUUAAUGUUUCAUAAUGGAAAUUUUCAAGUUAAUUCAAAGGUUGGAGAGCAUACUAAACCCCCCAUGUACCUAUCACUCAGCUUCAAUGAUUACCAGCUCAUGAAGGGAAGCAAUUAUUCCAGAAGGAAAUGUACCAAUUACAAGUGAAACUCUGCUAAAAUCUACCGAAGAAGUACAAGGUAUAAAGGUCAAUGGGACUAAGAUGGAUAAUAUUGAAGGACACAAGAGCAGCAAUGUGAGUAAAGGUCUCGCGGCUGGGUGCAACGAUCACCCAGAAGUAGACAAAAUCAUGGCCAGUGAUGAGGUUUCAGAAGCCAGCACAUCAGUUUCCAUAGCGCCUCUAAGCUUUGUGGACCCUGGAUUAACAGAAGCAGCUCCUAAAGGAAAAGGGUGUGAAGGGUUAAAAACUUGUUCUUCUUGGUUGUCAUUAUUACCAGGGAGCAGUGCCAUCUGCAAAGUGGACAAUGAGAAGGAAGAGGUGUGUAAGUUAAGCCUUGUCUGUGAAGCAGAUGACAAUCGCCACCAGAUUCUUGACCACCAUAAUGAAAAACACGGUUCUGUACAUGGCAGCCCCAAGCCCAUGAGAAACAUAGUUGCUGUAGAACCCUUAGGAAAAAAUUCUGACAUUGCAUGUUUCAAAUCAAGUUUGUCUGAUUCAGAAGCCAAAACAACAUCCUUAGAAAAAUGUAGUUUUGAAGGGGAUGGCUUGCUAAACAGAUCUGCUGUAAAGACAGAGAAUUCCUGUUUUGAUGGGCAUGAUCAAAGCAAGAACUUGGCUUCUGGAGAAGAAAAUGAAGAACAGCUUUUGAACCCCAGGGGUGAAAGGGGGGAAGUCUUUCUUGUUAAUGCCGGGCAACCAGAAGAGGAUGCUAGUGGUUAUUGUUCUGGAGGAAAAAAGACUGUUGUCUCCCCAAAAGAAAAUAUCCACAAUAAUGAUUGCAUUCAAGGCAGUAUCCAUACAGACAGCUCUAGUUCUUUAAUGCCCAAUUCUUCUAAUGAAGCCAUGGAAGUGAUGUUUAAAAAAGAUUUGAAAAUCACUUUAGACAUGAAAGGUAACUUAACAAACCCCAAGGACCAUAGAGAAACUAUUACUGAUAUGAGCCAUCCAGGCAGACGCUCUGAAGAAAGCAGUUUUUCCUCCUUGAUGCUGAUCAAAGAGCCAGAACAGACAACCCCUAUCGAAUCUGGUGUGUUGAGUGAAAAGAUUUACAGUAAAGACCCUAACUACUUAGUCAGCACCCAGAGAAAUCUGGAAGGUGAUACCCAGUUAAAUGAAGCAUCAUAUAGUGACUUUAUGAUUGAAAAAAAAUCCCAUGUGAAUUUAAUGCCAGAGGACCAGAUAAGUCCUAUAAAUGAGGAAUCAAAACCCAAGAAAGAUACUUCUCAGCUAUCAGCAUCCCUAGAAAUUGAUUGCCGACCUGAGGCAGAAAAAGCUGUACAGAACUCACAGGACAGUAUUCCACAUUUAGAUGAACAGAGUGUUGCCUGUGAGAUGAAUGAAUUUCCUUGUACUGAUGAACUGGUUCUAAACAAAACAGAAAGUGAAUGUGUUUUAAAUCAAGUGUCCCUUAAUUCUCAAGACUAUGCGAAGUUGCCAACUGACAGAGAGACGCCUUUAGCAGUAAGCGAGAAUUCCCAACAGAGCCAUCACCCUCCAUUAGAAGAUGGAGCUGGUAUGAUUGCUGAUACUGAAACCAUCCCCAUGAAGACAAAAAUGAGAGACAUCUCUCCACCAGGUGACAAAACCUGUGGUGCCUCUUCAAAUAAUCCCACCUUAAAUAUCAAACCAGGAAGUCUAGAAAGAAAAAAUGAAGUGGCUGAUUCUGGAACAAAAGAUCUACAUUCCAGACUUCUCUCAAGUAAGAAGGAAGCAGCAGUCUUACCUCCAGAGGUCUCUGUCAUGGAAUGUCACAGUGUUCAAUCUCAGGAUCUCUCUAGCUGCCAUUGUGUAAGGAAAAGUGCACCAGAAGAGAGCACGUGUUCUGCAUGCGCUGCUUUUGAGUCUCGCAGAAUCAUCCUGGAAAUUGAAAACUCUUUGACAACCAAGUAUGAAAGUGCAUUUCAGCACAGCAGUCACCAUUCCCCAGGAAGAGAAUACUCUGUAGAAAGUAGCACCCACAAAGGGAGUCAUACAUUGGAGAAAAGUGAACUUAAUGGAAGAGAAGCUAAAAGCAGCCUUCGAGGAGGUAAGAUCAGAAACAAAAGGACAAUAGGUGUGUUAAACAGUAAAGCUUCAAACAAAACCAUUCACACCACCAGUCACAUCCAACCCAGUGAGGAAGGGCUAGAAUUAAAGGAACAGGAUAUACCCAAAGAGACUGUGUUUUGUAAAUAUAGCAUCUCUGAUCGUGCCACACAAGAACUAAACCAAUCUGUAAACAUUCCAAAUCCUGAAAAACUGUUAGAGCAAUCUCCUACUGCUAAGUUCUCCAGUUUUAAAAAUAUGAACCAAGCAGUUAAUACUCUUAAUCAGAAGACAUAUGAAGUCUUUGACUGCCAGAGUAACCCAAAUAGACCAGAUGAGCAUAGAAGUGAAGAUAAGCCAGGUAAGGGGAUACUAGGUAGUGACCAGAGAGAGACCAUCACAGAGCCUAACACAGAGGUAAGCCACAACCAAAAAGAUCUCCCAUUCAGUUCAUGCAAUAACAAUCCAUUGUCUGGUGGUAGCCUGAAGAAAGGCUAUUUGAAAGGAGGCUUUGAAAGGAUUUCUAGUUGUGAAGAGUCCACAGAUGGUGUGGUAAACAUUGCCUACACAGACUGUAGUAAUAAGCCUACAGAAGGCAGGCUGAACAUAAAAGUAUCUAGCGUACUUGAUGGUGGUACACGGCAAGGCGGACUGGCAUUAAUUGAAACCUCAAGGAGUACCCUGCCUCAGAGAGGAGACUUGAGUGCUGCAUUUAUAGGAAAGAUUGACCAGGAUUCGGAUUUCCCAGAUGCUACUUCCUCUGCACUGGAAUCUCUUGAAAUAAAAAAAUCAUGUGAAGAGAAAGUCUGCAGAUCAUUAAAAGAUUGUGAAAUGGAAGUGUGUCCAGACUCCUGUGCCAAUGAGAUAGAAUCUGUUGCAGAUCAUGAACCAAAUAUAAGAAUAUUGGAUAGUGUAAAUGUGUCUUUAAAUCACAGUCAUCAUGAACAGCAAGUUAAAGAAGCAUCUCUAAGAGAAACACAAGGAAUGAUUGAAAGAGCAAGACUAGAAAUACAUUCUGAGUUUGAGAAGGAAAAUACCUUUGGAAUUUCCUCAAAAGAGUUGAUGUCUACUAAACACCACGAUGAGAACUCUGUUCCCCCAGACAGCCUGAAAUCCAUUGAAAUAAUGCCUUUGUAUCUGUCUUCUCAAGAAAAUUCAGAAGCUAUUAUUAAAAGUGGAGAAACUAACCUGAAAAAUCUGUGUAAACCAAAAGAUGGUGAAAUGCUUUGUGAAAAUGUAGAGGACUGCACAGUCCUGCCUGAGAUGAAGGAAGGCGCACCAAGGGAUGUGAGUGAUACCAGUGAAGGAAAUAGCCCUGACAUCAGUGUGAAAAUUUUACCUUUGAUGAUAGAAACAGAAACUAAGGUGAAAGGAGAAGAAGCCAAAGAACAUCAGAGGGGACCACGGGAUCACUUAACUGUUGGGGUGGAAUCUGAGGAGAUGGUGACCAGAGAAGAUGGUCAUGGUGAUUUAAUGAGUGAGAUUUCUCAGAGGAUGCGUGGUGAUGCUGAAGAACAUCAAAGCCACGGGGAUUUGGACUACAUGUUGCAGAAGGGAGAGGAAUAUAUACAUCAAAAAGAAGCCCAUAUGAUAUUGGAACAAUGCACAUCAUCUAAUAAGUUGUCAGAUGAGGUGCAAAAUAAGAACCAACCUAAGGACUGCAAACAUGAGUACACCAGGAUGAAAGAAAUCAGCCCAGCAGGGCUGGCCAAGGGUAACAUUACUGCACGGUUUCAGAAGUUGAAAGACCCAAAGGAGGAAAACUUGUGUCAUCCAUUAAAAAAGGACAUUGGGCUGUGCAUAGGUCCUUGCCUUCGUGGUGCCCCCCAGAAAGCACAAGACCCCGACUCUGCUAGAUGUGAAAUGCAUGGUGCCUUUGGGAACACCUCACAUCAGAGAGCAGUGCUUCCCUUAAAGAAGCAGCCUCAUCGGACAUGUAAGAAAGUUUCCUGUCAGGAGCAGAUCAGCCUGGGUAGAAAAAUAAGUAAAAUCAGAAAUUCUGCCUUUUUAAAGAGUUCCUCUGAAACCAUCCCCACAAAAGCACACAGGUUUCUCAGUUCACCUGCUAUGUCUGCACCCACACGACUGGAACCGGAAACAGUACCUACCCGGAGCUUAGUUAGCCACAUACCAAAGCAGAAGGCUACUCCGUGCCAUCUCUCAAGGAGCCUGAGUGUCAGGAAGCCCACCAAAGAAUCAGCCUUACUCAACAAGCUAUCCAUCCUUGCCUCCAAACUGGCCCCUGCUGUGAAGACCCAGAAACUGAGGUAUCGGCGGUGUUCCUCUGAACUUCCAGUGGCUAAAAGCUACAAGCGGCUCAGAUAUAAAAGGCUCCUGGAUGGGUUUUCAUACAGUACAAUGCAGCUGAGUCCAUAUUUGACAGCUAGUGGAUGGGAUAAGAGGCCUAACAAUAAACCCUUGACACUUUAUCCGCUCGAAGCCAUCAAAAUGAGCUUCAUAGAUUUGAGCAACAAGAUGCCGUUGCUGCUCUUCGGUUCUGAAAUCUUCCCAGUGUCCUUUCAUGUGAAAUCAGGCUCCGAGUGCGUGACUGAGUCCCCAAGGACUUUUCCCGAGCACUGUGCUCCAGCAAGGCUUGCCUUAGGGGAGGCCACCCGGUGCCCUUCUCAACCUCCCAAGUGGACCUUUUCUUUCUUCUUGUCCCACGGUUGCCCUGGGAUGGCCACAUUCAGGGAAGACACUGGCCUCCAUGGUCAGGCACAUGCCCAGGCUCCGCCACAGCCUCCAGUUCCUCUCCAAGACUACGGAGGCACCGCCAUAGUCCAGACAAGAGCAGGCUUCUCUGUCCUUGGACUUCACACACUCCUAGCACUUUGUUCCCCUGGAUGUUACCGAAUCUGGACAAAAAAACGGAGCUUCUCCAGAUACAUGCCUACCAUGCAGAGGCUCUUCAUGACUCAGUUUACACAGGGCUUGAGAGGGUUAAGGUCUCCAGCCUCCAUAGCAGACAAGAUCUUCUGUUCUCUGCCCUAUUCGGUGGGCCGAGUGCUCUCCGUUUGGAGCCAGCAUGGGCCUUCUGCCUGCCCCUUGGAAAUCUCUGCUCUUCAUUCCACUCACAGCAAGCGACAGCCAACUCUGGGCACCACAAGCAGCCACACCAUGUUACCGUAUGUGCCUCUUCCAGGCAUGGAAGCUACUUCGAACACCAGCGGCAGUCAGAUGAGGCUAGAGCCUCCGUUCCCUGCCUUGGUACCAAAGUCUUGCUUGGUAACAGACUCAGCUGUCAGCAAGCUCCUGCUUUCAGCCUCCGAGUUCGCAGUUCCCGGAUUAGACGAACUGGAUGGCGUGACAGCAGCACGCCCCCAUCCGCAGAGUAGCCCUCCAGAACAGAAAGCGGCUGAGCCGGAGAAGAGGCCAAAGAAAGUCUCACAGAUUCGCAUCCGGAAAACCAUUCCUAAGCCAGACCCUAAUCUUACCCCCAUGGGCCUCCCUCGCCCCAAAAGGUUAAAGAAAAAGGAGUUCAGUUUAGAAGAAAUAUAUACCAACAAGAAUUAUAAGUCUCCUCCUGCAAACAGGUGUUUAGAGACCAUCUUUGAGGAACCUAAGGAACGAAAUGGUAUGCUAAUCUCAAUCAGCCAACAGAAGAGGAAGCGAGUUCUAGAAUUUCAGGAUUUUACAGUCCCACGAAAGAGGAGAGCUCGUGGAAAGGUCAAGGUGGCCGGCAGCUUCACCAGAGCCCAGAAGGCAGCACUGCAGAGUCGAGAGCUGGACGCCCUUUUGAUACAGAAACUAAUGGAACUGGAGACCUUCUUUGCUAAGGAAGAGGAACAGGAGCCAUCAUCUGGUUGUUGAGAAGCAAUUUGGUUUGGGAGUCUCAAUAUUAGGUUUUCCAGGCCUCCUCAGAAGAGGUUGCCCAAUUCUGCCCAAUGCCCAAACCACUCAAAAUGCAGGCCAUGGAUUUUUACUUGUUUCAAGGUGCAACCUUUUUAGAAACUGGUGAAGGAGGGUCCUCUGUUUCUACUGCUGAGUAUAGAACCUCAGGAAUGCUCCCUUUCUCCUGGAAGUGGUCCCGAAUGACAUCGGUCCUCCUCCCACACUCUGCCAUCCACAGGAGGAAGACGGCAUACCUUCAGUAACACUAUGAUUCCAAGGACUCACAGCAUUUGCACGUCCAUGUGAAAGUUCCACAUUGUUUACGGUGGUGCUAGACCAAGAUUAUUUAGAGACGUUGCCUAGAGAGGGUACCUGGCGUCCUGUCCUGCGUGGUCUCACCGGCUCAUUUCAGUAGUUGAGGAAAGAUGAGCCUGUGGUGUUUUCUAAUCCUUUGAGUCUGCCUGCCCAGAACCUGGGGUGUGUGUGUGUGUGUGUGUGUGUGUGUGUGUGUGUGUCUUUCCCCCAUCAUUCUUUUCUCCCUUCUGUGACUGUGGGUCACUAGUGCCAGAGGAGCCCAUCCAGGCCCCGUUCGAAGUAAGUUGCACUUUUUAAUGUUGUGGUGUUAUUUUUAUUUGUUUUAUUUCCUUUUUUUUUUUUAAUUGCUGCAUGUUUGGAGCCUUUAAAUGUGAUUUUAAAACAAUUUUUUUAAGACAUUGAGAAAGAUAAUACGUGUCUUCAGAAUAGAUGGUAGACAUUUGACCCAGUGCAUGGUAUGGGACAAUGGAGAGACAUUUUUCCAUUCACAUGUUUCAAGCAAUCCCUUCCCCCUCUCCCUCUAGUGUAAUUCAUUAGAGGGAGCACUUUUUUCAUCUGGGUUCUCAUUCUUGCCCACUAAGUAGAUAUAUUAAUUUUAAUGAUGGAAGAGCAGGUUUCUCUCCCAGUCAUUUAAAAAGUGUGAAGGCUGGGUGUGGUCUUUUAUUGGGUUUUAUCUGAAGUGUUGGUCUGUAACAGAGUUGGGUACAAUAGCUUGGGCAGUGAUAAAGUGACCCAAAGUGUUUGCAGCUGUCAGAGCAACCAGCUCUGAGAGUGGGGAGAGGCAUUGCACCACGGUUCAAACUCUGAUGGGUUCUUGUAGUGGGAUCUCGGAAUUCCACAGCCAGCCCUCUCUGAAGACACCUCAUUGUACUCUGGGCUCCAGUGUCAAACCUACUGGAAAUGCAGAAUGCCAGAGUUUGUUGGUCUUCUUUUGUGCCCACAGGAGUCUGAGGGCAGAAGGAUGCUGUGUGGGUUAGCAGGCCUAGCUAGAGGUUUCAUUCCUUUCCCACUAACCUGUGUGCCUCUCCCUGCGUCCCCUGCCCUCCUUUUCCCAUGUGUUUUUUUUCUUUUUUUUUUCUUUCUCUCUUUCAAAACAAGAGUUCAGAGAAUUAACAUUCCGUGGCUGGUGAAUGGGAUACUAGACCCAGCCUCAGGACACUGGUCAACUCUUCCCAUCCUCCUAGGAGCCACUGCUGGGAAGCAUCGGCCAAUGGGAACUGUCCAAGCUCCAGAGACACUUGCAAGUCAGUCUGUUAAAGGAGAGUGUGUGGUGCUGCCCUGGAAUGUGUCUCCUAGG